CUCUAAACAAAAAUAAAACAAUUUUCAACAUAAGAGGCAUUUAAUUCUUAAGAAAAAUACAACUAAAAUCAAAUAAAUCCAGCCAACAUGAUUAUGAUGCACGUUGACCUGGAACCGGGGUUCCGCAAAGCAGAUAUAAAUAGUUUGCCCACCAUAAAUAGUCAAACUAUUUUUGGCUUUAUAGCCAAAGUAGCACCACAACAGCAUGCAUUGGCCAGACAACAGCAACAGGAUGCCGAUUUGCGGGUGGAUUACGUGCAAAUACGACGUUUGGCUGAGGUGACCGAUGUAAAAGCUUUGGUAUUUCCCGCCUCGGCGGCUAUUAUUGGUCGUGUGGAGGGCCACAUUCGUGUCAGUAUUAAAGUGGAUACAAAAAAGCAAAUAAUAACAGAGUCAUCAUGCGAUCAGUGCAAAGGAAAGGAUUCCUGCCCCCAUUUAUUGGCCUUGAUAUUCUGGCUGCAUCGCAAAAGCACCGACACCGAAACUCCCAUUGUCUAUGACUUUUGGGGUCAUGAAACUGAGUCUCUAAUGGAAGAGGGACGUUGUGAAUCCAUGCGUAUACGUGACAUUUUUGCCUGCGAUGAAUUACGCACCGAAUGUGAUAUAGAGGCUGCCCAAGUCACAGAAGUUGAGGGCGCCGCAUUCUUAGAGGCGGUUCUAGACGAAAUGGAAGGUCUAGGCAUGAAAGAUUCUGCUUUAUACAAACACUGCCGUGGUUCUACAGAUGAAUUUGAGCCCAUCUAUAUACACCACACUCUUUUGGAUGCCGCAAACAAUGACAUUAAAGAUAUCAAUAGCUUUUUGAAUUACAUGGAAGAUCAAUGCAAACAGGGACUUUUCGAUCGUGUGGCCUCAGUGUCCAAGACCAGCUACAAAACUCCCCUAUGGUUGGAGACUCAAUAUAUGCGUCUACGUUGCUCCCUCAUACAUCGCAUAGCUUCACGCAAAGAUACCAUAGAAGAUGAUCAGAUACUGGAGACGCUUUUCUGCAAACAUCGUGAUCAAAAUAUCGAAGAGAAACAGCAAAUGAAGCAGCACAAACGUUUCAUAUUGAAACAAACCGAAAAGUUGGAAAAUAAAACCUACCAUGAGUGUGGCCUGUUGAUAAGUGAAAGUUAUCCCUAUAUAUGUGCCUCGCCUGAUGGCAUAACAGAUGAUCACAUUGUAGAGAUUAAAGCACCAAAGACUGAUGAAGAAUUUGAAAAGUAUUUGGAGGGGCGCGAGACCAUAGCUCCCAAGUAUAUGGCACAAAUUCAAAUACAAAUGUACACAGCCAAUGUGACUAAGGCAUUGUAUUGUGUACUCAGUCCUACAUUUGAUACCAAUGGUGCCUUGCAUUAUGUAUGGGUACAAGCCGAUAUGGAAUUUGUGGCAAGUUUACUGAGUGCGGCGGAAGAUUUUUGGAAAGAAGUGGUAUUUCCUCGUUUAGCGAAAAUGUACUUCUAAGCUUUUUACAUGCUAAAAGAUAUUUUUAGUUUUUUGUACGUAUAAACCCACAAAGACUUGUUAUAAUAAAAUUGUCAUUUCUAUAACACCCAUCCUCCACCCAUUGUAUGGAAGUCUGCCAACCAAUCAUUAGCAACGGAUAGGAAACAUAAAUAAAAUCAAACCCACCCAGGUUUUCUUUGCUGUUUUGUGUAUCAUAAUGAAUGGAAA